AUGCCCCUCACCAAGCUGUUCACACCCAUAUCGCGCACCCUUGCAUGGCGCGGUCUACCCGCCAGCCGACGCCCGCUGUCUUCGUCCAACGACUUGGCUGCGAAGCAGAUGCCGCCACGGCCAACAAUCGAUGAAUCGGAGAUCACUGGUACCUACUUGAAGGGUUCAGGACCGGGCGGCCAGAAGAUUAACAAAACCUCCUCAGCCGUCCAACUCAUCCACCUGCCCACCAACACCGUGGUAAAAUCCCAAGCCACGCGAUCCCGCUCGCAGAACCGCAAGAUCGCGCUGCAGAUCCUCGCCGAGAAGGUCGAGCUGCUGCAGAAGGGCGACGAGAGCCGCGCCGCCAUCGUGGCGGAGACGAAGAGGAAGAGAAAGGCGAGUAUGACGAAGAAGAGUAAGAGGAAGUACAGAGCGUUGGAGGAGAAGAAGAGGAGGGAGAAGGAGGAGGCCGAAAUCUCACGAGAAGGAGAGGAAGAGGGGAGAGGGGAAGAAGCAGAUGAAUUGCCUAGGAGAUGA